CUGGACUGGUAGUUAGUAGAUGUGUGUGUAGUAAACAACACCUGGCACACAAGAGACUAGCAGUUGAAGUGGAGGCGUAGAAAGGCUUCACUUUUCUCUGGGUGAAGUUUGUACUUUACUUUGAGGCGGUGAUAUUUGGAAAGAUGAGGCAAGUCAGACAGAACUUCCAUGAAGACUGCGAGGCUGCCAUUAACAAGCAGAUCAACCUCAAGCUACACGCUAGUUAUGUUUUUCUGUCAAUGAGUUACCACUUUGAGCGAGAUGACGUAGCUCUCCCUGGUUUUGCAAAGUUCUUCAAAGAGGCUGGUGACCGUGAACGAGACCAUGCACACCAACUCAUGAAUUAUCAAAAUAAACGCGGUGGAGGUAUUGUAUUACAGCCCAUUGCAGCGCCACCACAGCAGGAAUGGGGAUGUGCGGUUGAAGUUGUUCAGAUGGCACUUGAUCUGAAGAAACGAAUCAAUCAAAGUUUCCUGGAGCUCCAUGUGCUGUCGUCUACCAAGGAUGAUCCAUUCACCUGCCAUUUUAUUGACGAUCACUUUUUGAUUGAACAUGUGGAAACCAUAAAGAAAAUGGGUGACAUGGUGACCAAGUUGAGGCGUGUUGGAGCAGCUGGUUUGGGAGUGCAUUUGUUCGACCAAGAGCUCCAGUAGUUUCUUGUGGGUACAAUAGCUGGAUAUGUUUUUUUUAUGAUUUAUAAGAUUUAUUCUGUGAUUUAUUCUUAAACAGUAAAUUGGGUAAGUACUCUUAAAUGUUUUGUGAAUAAUUAUUGCAUAAUAAUAAUGAUAUUUGUGAUGCAGACUCUUGUUCAAGGUAAAAGUAAUGAAUAUUUCAAAGCAAACAUUUUCUUUCUUUAUAUAUUUUUGUAUACAUAUUGUUUUUGAACUAGUUAAACACCUUCAUUUAAUUUUUUUUUUGCAUUAUAGGUUAUGUUGGUUUAAACUCAUUUACUUCAGAUCAAAGCAAUACAAAAUGACAGGGAUUUUACAAACUGAAGUUAUGCUUAAGGAGACUAUUUACAUGUAUAAAAACAACUGUUGCUUCAUCUUGAUACAAAAUGAAUGUUUAAGUCAGAGGAUGAUGUUACUGCUCUGUGUAAAUGUAUAUAUAUAUGUAUGUAUAUAUUAUAAACACAUUUUAUUACAUAAGAUUUCAAGGGUUAUAUGAUUGAUAAAAGAAAAUAUGUACAUACAUACAAAGAGGAGACUUUAUAUGGUUCACUUAAUAUUAAUAAUCAGCCUUGUAUCUCCUUGCUUAUACUGCAUAUUGUCAGACAUAAGACUAUUCAUUUUGAAAUGUUAUUAGGAAAUUAAAUAGGACAUUGGAUUUUUACUGUUAAGAGACUUGUAUCAACCUAGUCAAAAGAGAAAAUUGUUUGAAUUAUUCAUAUUCAAUACAGUGUACAUUCCAUCAG